AAAAGAACAGCCCUAGGAAACGCCAUCUCCAGCGGCCGGGCUCAACUCAACGCGUUCCUGAGUUCAGGACUCUGGCAAUCGGCGGGGUCAAUACGAGACCAGUUGGCACGCUGCGGGACUAAAUUGGCAACGCUCUCUGAUGCCAACCACGCGUCUUGGAUAAUUCCUGAGCCGGGCUCGUAACGUCAUUCGUGACACAAGAGCACUUGCAUCUCGAACCUCCAGAGUCGAAACUGGCUUGGUGACGAAGUGCUAAUCCAUCACUCACCUGCCUUAAUCUUAACCGGUGCAAGGCCACGAGCUCGUCCCUGACGUUCUUCUUGCACUUUCAUCCCAGCCAGUCACAAUGUUUGGCGGGCUGGUAAAUCUGAUCACCCCGUCGACCAUCGGCCCACCACCUGAAGACAUUCCUCCUCCGACCCCUCUCACUUUGCCAAGAUACAACCCUCAACACUCGGGGGCGUCUAGCGGGAAGGACGACUCAAGAUAUAGCCCGGAGUAUGCGUCUCUAGUCAAGUUCCUCCAGUCAAUACAGCGGCCUACCGAAUUGAGAGAAGCUCACUUCGCCGCUCUGGGUGUACACGUGCACACUGAUGUCGCUGUUGAAGACUUGCUGCCAGAUCCUUCAUACGCUCCAUCAGCCUCAGGAUGGGACAGAUUGACGGUGGAUGAGGCGCCGUCUAAGGAUGCCACCUUCCGACGUCCGCUGUCGAACGGCAACAUGUCCCCAGAGGCGCGGGUCUUCAUGGAAAGGCGCCAUGAACUCUCCUUGGACAACCAAGCAGCGUUCAGAACGGUACGACGCAUUCGGCCGGACCCGGGAACGACGCCAGUGAGACUGGGUAACUGCUAUGAGUUUUACAGGCAGUUGGAGCUGAUGGCAGCUUACUGGGAUGAUACGUCGUUGUCACAGCGCAAAGAUGGCCACUUGAACGUGGAGAAGCCUGCAUCACCACCGCGGCACCAGUCGCUUGACGGUAGCCUAGAGCAAACCACACGCACUAUUAGUGCCUCUACUACACAGUCAGAGGCAAACAGCAGUUCACGAAACGCACCAGACGAGAAACCCAAGCCUCAGCAAGUAACCUAUCGAACUGCUCCUGGAAACCUGAUGCCCCCUGAGCUAAGACACAGCCUCAUCACCGCGUUUGUUAAGCUCGUAUCCUACGAUUUUGGCUGCAACGUCUCGCCGUCUAGGGUAGAGCCACGGCUACACUUACUAGAACCACCUGCUGUUCAGACCAUCAAGGGAACACCGGUCUCCCAACCCCAGCGAGCCUCUUACUUUCCCUCCGGCUGCGUCUUCGUCUUCCGCAUUCCGACAACCCGUGAAGCUGCACGUACCGGCAUCGUCGAGGGACCGAUACUCGCCGUCUCAGCACGCAAUACGAUCAACUUCAAUUCCCCUGCCGACCACAAAAUCGACUUUGCCCGCGAACUGGUCGCUGCCUUGGUCGCGGCGCAGCACCGCGCGAGGGAAGGAAAGGAGGAGAAGAGAUUUGGCGAUGGCGAGUGGUGGGCAACAGCCAAGCGAUGGGGUGGCGGCCAAGGCGGGCUAAUAGGACGCGAAAUCGAAAGCGAUGGGGUGGUCGGCGAUAAGGACGCCAGACCAGACGGCGGUUCGUCGUCCGGAAAAGCCAGCAGCGACGGCGCUAUUGCGAAGCCCAGCAGCAGUGGCAGCAGUAGCAGAAACCCUCCAGCGGUUCGCACCCCAGGCUUAGGACAUGUGUCCCCCGUCCACCCCAUCUCCCACUCAAGCGGCCUCCCCAUGCGCGGCUUAGCCCCAAACAAGAAAACCCGUAAGAACAUGAGCAUGUACGACAACUACCGCAUGGUCCGGCUGCCGUCCUCUAACUGGGACCGCAAGGCGCGAUACAGAGCCAUCGGCAAGCGGACCGGCGCCGACUAUGACGACGUAUUUGUGGUCAGCAGUUUGUUCCACCACAUCUGCGUGCUAAGAACGCGGGUGCCCACGCGGUUACUCGAUGUUAUGGCCGGUGCGCCUGAGGAAGAUCAGGCGAGGAGUUGGGAUAAGGUCGAGAUGUGGCGGAGUAGGUGGUUUGAUUUGUUUCUCGUCGAGGAGCGGCUUGAGGCACUGAGGUUGGUUUGGGGAGUUAUGGCGUGGAUGAUGAGGAAGGAGGGUGAAGGUGAGGGUGAGAAGAAGGGGAAGGAUGGAGAGGAUCUGGUUAUGAAGGGGACUUGAGGUCGUCGUUGGUGGAAAGGGAGAUGACGGAAUGUGGUCGAGGUUGGUUGAAGAAGGGGGGUGGGUGGUAGGUUGAAUGUGUGGAUAUAGCAGAUGCAUGCUCUCAUGACUGGAUUUCAGCGCAUAGUGGAUUGAGCAUAUCGAAUGCUCCUUGUUUUGUGUGUUGGAUUUCAGUCAUCCUUCGCUUUAGAAGGGGAGCAUAUACAAGUCCCGGGCAAGAGACCCGGAAUAUGAGCUAGUAAAUCGGAAUCCCCAGGAUAGGAAUUUUUCAAACAGGAGCUAAACAGUUGUGAUCGAUGAGCUAGUGAGGUUGACUGGAAAGUCCUUUAUCUAGUGCUGACCUCCUGGCUGAUGACGACUUAGUACCGGG